UCAUAUUCAGGUGCCAAGUGUCUUUCUUAUAUUGUUUAUGGUACCAGCAAGUCCGCCCUCGAUGCCUGGCACUGUGCGAGCUAGAAAGACGUAGGGUGUAUAAUCCUCCUGUUGUAAGCUGUGUGUAUUUAUGUGUUUUUUCCGCACUUGACCUCAUAACGACAACGUCUUGUCACUAUGGCAACAACUUUGUGUACUACCCCAGAAACCCGCUGAAACCCGAGAUUAUUUAUUAAUUUAUUUUUACCCCGAUAUUGUUUCAAAUACCUAUACUACAGAGACUCCAAGAGCUUCCAUAUCCGAGGGAUAGAUGAAGAAAAGCAAGCCCCCCUCCUCCAGGAGAGCUGAAAUCCAUCAACUCUACCAAGUCUAUGCCGCAGGACUGGAAACUUUGAGUGCCCGUGCACUGCUGACGUUCCUCCACAAGGAGCAGAAGGAACUCACAGCAAAUGAAGAAAAAGCAGAGAGUUUGAUCGAUAGAUUUGAGAUCAACGAGACAGCCAGAGAAAACAGCUCAAUGACCUUUGAAGGGUUCCUCAGGUACAUGGAGUCCAAAGAGUGCUGUGUGUUCAACCAGGCCCACACGUCAGUGUACCAGGACAUGGACCAGCCUCUUACCAGUUAUUUCAUCUCCACAUCACACAACACCUACCUGACCGGAGAUCAGCUAGUAGGGCAAAGUAGCCUGGAUGCCUAUGUUAGUGCUCUGAGGAAAGGGUGUCGCUGCCUGGAGAUUGACUGCUGGGAUGGGCCAGACAUGGAGCCCGUAGUUUACCAUGGCCACACCCUCACCAGCAAGAUACUUUUUAAGGAUGUCAUCACCACUGUGGGGCAGCACGCCUUUGAGGUGUCUGCUUAUCCAGUGAUUCUCUCUUUGGAAAACCAUUGCUCCCGGGAGCAGCAGGAGGUCAUGGCCCAGUAUCUUAUCUGUAUCCUGGGGGAAAACCUGCUGAUAGCUCCCUUGGAUCACCCGACUGUUGGAGACCUCCCAAGUCCAAAUGAUUGCCAGGACCUGAAGUAUAAGAUCCUCAUCAAGAAUAAAAAGCUCAAGCGUCAGAUUAAGACAGAGGAUGCUGCAGAGGGAGAGGAGAGUGCAAAUGAGGGUGAGGAGGAGGAGGAGGAGGAGGAGGAGCAGGAUGAGGAGGAAGAGGAUCAUCAAACAAAAGCAAAGUUCUGGUCUCCCAGAAAGGCAGGGUCAAAGAAGAAAAAGAAGAAGGUGGUGGUAGCUGAGGCUUUGUCUGACCUUGUUAUAUACACAAGGUCUGUCAAGUUCAUCAGUUUCAGUCACUCCAGGGACAAUCAAAACUGUUAUGAGAACACAUCCAUGGAAGAGAAGAAGGCUCGCAAGCUACUCAAAGCUUCAGGUUCGGAUUUUGUUGAACACAACCAGAGGUUCCUCAGUAGGAUUUAUCCAACGGGCUUGAGGAUGUCUUCCUCAAACUAUAACCCUGUGGAAUUUUGGAACGCCGGUUCUCAGCUUGUGGCACUGAAUUUCCAGUCUCCGGGCUUGCCUAUGGACCUUAAUGAUGGACUUUUCCAGGACAACGGGGGUUGUGGCUACGUCCUGAAGCCAGCGGUUCUCAUGUCCACCCAGAUGCGCUUUGAUCCCAGCAGCAGCCAGCACAAGCGUAAAUCAACAUCCCUGCUGCUCAAGGUGAUCAGUGGGUCCAACCUACCCCUACCCAGGAGUGGAAAAGCUCUAGACCCCUUUGUGAGAGUGGAGAUUCAUGGGAUUGCAUCAGACUCCUGCAGAAAAAACACACAUACUGUCAAAAACAAUUCUCUGAGUCCUCGCUGGGAUACUGACAUGUCCUUCACGAUUCGCUUGCCUGAACUGUGCCUCGUUCGCUUCUGUGUCAGAGAUCAGACCGGCAUUCUCAGCAGCGAGUUUGUAGGCCAGUACACCCUGCCCUUCAAGAGUCUGAAGAAAGGCUACAGGUGGGUGCCUCUCCAAUCCAAAGACGGCUUCAGCCUGGAUCCAGCCUCCCUCUUCGUCUAUAUCUCGCAUUCCUAAAAAACACAUCUCGGUAUCAGACUCUCUCACAUGGCGACACAGGCACACACGCACACCUUGCCAGCAGAUAGAGAAGCGUGGCUGAUGUGGGAGCAGCAGCGGCAGCAACAAUGAAAAUAUAUAAAUAAAUCAAAAAGAACCAUUUCCU